UAUCAUAUCAUAAAAUUAAGACAGAUGACCCUAGAAGGAAAAUUGGUUUCAGAGAUAAACAUAAAGAGUGAUGGAGAUGUGUUCCAUGAGAUAUUUAGGCAUAGACCACACCAUAACUCAAGCAUGUGUGACAAAAUACAAAAUGUAGACAUUCAUGAAGAUGAAUGGGAAACUGUUGGCUCUGUCCUUUCUUGGUACUUCAUUCAUGACGGGAAAGAAAAGGUUGCAAAGGAUAUAAUUGAAGCCAUAGAUGAAGAAAAGAAGUUGGUUAAAUUCAAAGUGACUGGAGGAGAUAUAUUGGAGGAAUAUAAAGCAUGCUCUUUUACUGUUCAUGUUGAGAGCAAAGGUGAAAACAACUUAGUUACUUGGAUCGCAGAAUAUGAAAAGAAGAAUGUAAAUGUGCCAGAUCCACACACAUAUAUGGAACUUCUUCUCAAUAUAUCCAAAGAUAUUGAGACUCACCAUCUCAACUGAUAAAUAAAUAUUGCUACAUAUGUAUACUUAUGUUGCUUGGACUCUUUGAUAAUACUGAUGGAUGUGUGUUGUCUCACAUGGACGCAACAACAUUUUUAAAGAGUACGAGCAAUGUAUAUAUACCAUAUGUUUGGAAUUAAAUUGUUGUCAUAAGUCUUAUAAUAAUGUGUGGUGUGCUUUAUAAUGUCUAUGUUGAUGUGUUGAGAAUAUCAUCAAAUAAUAAAAGUGUGACCAUCUCAUCUAAAAGCUUAAGAUGUUAGAGAGAGCACACUUUUAUUAUUUUUAAUGAUAUUCUCAACAGUCUACCAUGUAGUAAAAGAUAGAGUGUAAUUUUUAAUUUCUUUGUGGAUUGAACAACAGUUUGUAAAAUUCUGCUUAAUGAUGACUGAUCAGCCUGAGUCUAUUUAUAUUGAUAAAUAAAUGCUAUUUGGAUU